AUGCCUAGAGUUGCUCCUGGCCAAAGAAAACGGGCCUAUAGACCAAAGACUAAGACGGGGUGUGUGACUUUCCGAAGAGUGAAAUGUGACGAAGGACGGCCAUCAUGUCAAAGAUGUGCAUCCACCGGCCGAAGAUGUGACGGCUAUGCUGAGGAGUCCAGUGACUCUCCUGCAAGCUCCAAUUCCGAUUUCAGCGAUUACGAAAUAAGUACUGCACUUAUACAAUCACCCUCGUCUUCAGUCAUUCUCGCAUCUGAUCGAGAACGGGAGGCUUUUCACUUCUUUGUUAAUAUGACGGCUCCCAUGAUGGGUGGGUUUGGUAAGGAAAGCUGUUGGUCAGAAAUGAUUCCUCGAGCUGCACAUCACGAGCCUUCCAUACGUCAUGCAGUCAUUGCAUUGGGUGCUCUGCAUCACAGCAAAGAAAGAAAUUCUCGUUCUACUUCAUCGAGUAAGCUGUUCUCUUCUGCCGAAGACCAAUUCCCCCUUUUAGAGUACAAUCGAGCCAUUAAAUGCUUGGUGGAGCCAUUUGCAAAGAAGGAACGACAGGCUAUGGAUGUGUGUCUAAUCAAUUGCCUUUUGUUUUCUGCCUUUGAGAUGAUGCAAGGUAAUUAUGGCCAUGGAGCCGCACAUCAGGAAAGUGGUAGUAAGAUACUUUGCGAGAUCACAUAUGAUGAAAAUUCUCAGAAAUACUAUCAUGAUUCGCUCAAGACUUCCAACUACCCAUACUUACCGAUGUCACUUCUUGAAGAAUUAUAUCUGCGCUCGGAUUUUGUUCUUACUCAAAUGAUCGACAGCUUCGACCAAUCCCUUUACAACAAGUUCAAAAGCUCUCACUUCACAGCAUACCCUCCAGCGAUGUUUACUUCUCUUUCCCAGGCUCGCAACUCGCUCCAUUUCUUCUGGUCUCGUUUCCGGAUCGAUCUCCAUAUUCUCGACUGCCAAUCGGACUCCCAGGAACUCAACCAGCGUUUCCUUAAUUGGCGAAUGGAAACCAUGCAAUUCGCCCACAAAUGGCUGUUCGCCUUCCAGGCCUUCAUUCUCAAAUAUAGUGAUACCUUUUCCGAAGCUGAUAAAGUAGGCGCUGCAAUUUUACAAAUACAAAGCCAUUCUGGAUAUAUGAAUGCGCAUGUACCGCGCGGCGUCAAAGAUAACCAAAUGUUAUGGGACCCGUUUUUGUCCAUCUUUGAGAAAAUCACCAUGUUAUCAGAAGAGGUCAUUUCCAAUCCUGCAUUCGCCACGACCAUUUUCCAAAUAGAUAUGGGUAUCAUCGGACCUCUCUAUCAAGUCGCAGGCGCAUGUCGCCACCCAAUCGUAAGGAGGAAAGCCAUCGCCUUAUUGGAACGCGUACCCAAUCUUCAAGAGGGAAUUUGGAAUGCUGGUAUGACAGCAAGAGUUGCUAGGAAAGUAAUGGAACUGGAGGAGUAUGGGAUAGAAGAUGUGAGGGAAGCGGCCGAUAUUCCGGAAUUGGCGAGAAUUAGUGAAGUGGAACCUGAAUUCGAGAAGGAUGGAAGACGAGUGACACUGACGUACAAAAGAAGCGACAGAGCAGGGGGGCCUUUAGUUAGCAACAAAAUCACGGAAACUUUUGAAUGGUAG